AUGUUUAAAUUAAAUUUUAAAAAUAAUUAUAAAGUUUUAACACUUUUAUUCUCUUUGACUCUUUCAAUGUUUGUUUCAAAUGCUCAAGUUUAUUACCCAGGCUAUUUAAAUAAUGUAUCUAGUAUUUCAACGGUUUCUGCAGAUUAUUUCCCACUUUUAGUUCACAAUCCUCCAUUAACCAAUUCUACAACUUAUUCUUUUAAUGAGGCUAUUAAUUUACUUGACACAGUUACUGAUCCAAUUUUUAAUGCUACUCAAAUUCAAGCAUUACUUAAUACAUGGGCCUCAAAUGUUAAAGCCGUUAUUGGUCUUUCUUUACCAAUUUAUGUUACACAACUCAAUAGAAUUAAUCGUAUUGAUUUACUCUCAAUUCAAAUGUAUACAGAAACCAAUAGUGCCUUCAUCCUCAGUGCUACAACCUAUGCUCCAUUAAAACCACAAGGUGUGUCAAUUCUCAACCAAGUUAAUGCAAUUAAAGCUUCAUUGAAUGGUAUUACUUUAACAACUACUCAACAAGCUCAAUUGACUCAAUUCAAUGCUGCAAUUUCUAAAAUUCAACUUUCUGUCUCAAAUAGCCAUUUAAUUACUUUUGGUGCUAAUGAUGUUAUUCCAUUCAACUCUGACUCUUUAUCUUACAUGGAAUAUAUUGCUGAUGAUAUUUUAACAUUAGAUGAUGCUAUUGAUAUAAUUAAACAAAAUAAUGUUAGAAUUUUAAAUUAUAUUUAUGAUUUAUAUUCAACACACAAAACUUUAAGCUUAAAUUUUUAA